CAUUUUCAACAAACAAAAUGUUCUAUUACUACACAGCUUUAUAGCGUUCGGGUUCCCACACGGCCAUAUUUCCAUUUUACAGCGCUUGUUUACAGAAGACGGAGGCGUAACUGUUCUAAAUAGCCAUCUGCGUCGUGAACACCAGUGUGUAAACGGAAGAUGGACCCCACAAACGUGUUGUCACUGAAAAAUACUCUAGGCUGGUUUACCGGUUAAAACAGUGUACAAAGUUCUAGGAAGAAUGGCAGAAACUCAGACACUCAACUUCGGACCAGAAUGGCUCCGGGCCCUGUCUGGCGGUGGCCAUGGGGGUGGUAGCAGCAGUAGCGUUGCCACCUCGCCACCUCUCUCACCUGCAAUGCCAAAGUAUAAACUUGCAGACUACCGCUACGGGAGAGAAGAAAUGCUAGCACUUUAUGUUAAGGAUAGGGAGAUCCCUGUAGACCUGCACGAUAAGGAUUUUCUGCCCAUUUUACAAGAGGAGCCCCUGCCACCACUGGCACUUGUAGCAUUUACAGAGGAAGAGCAGAGAAAUUUUUCCAUGUCUGUAAACAGUGCAGCUGUGCUCAGGCUGAUGGGGAGAGGAGGGGGUCCUGUUGGGCCAGGGGCGCCGAGGGGUCGAAGUACCUCACGGGGUCGAGGUCGGGGUAGAGGAGAUGGAGGGUUUUACCAAAGAAGUUUUGAUGACGUGGAAGGAGGCUUUGGACGCGGGGGCAGGGAGAUGCACCGCUCCCAGAGCUGGGAGGAGAGUCAUGCUGAGUCUAUUUUCUCCCCAUCUAGGGGAGACCGAAGGUUUGAAAAGCCAGGUCGAAAAGAGCCAGAAGUUGCUCCUACCCACUUCCUGAUGAAUCAUAUCCGUGCUAACUACGAGGAGGUUGGGACCAGUGUGGGGGGCCUGCCAGUGAGGAAGCAUGACUUCACGCGUUCGGAGAGUGAGAACUGGCGCACGUCCCGGGAUGAAGUGAAUGACGGGCCGCGGUCGGCAGGGUGGCGAGAGGCCCACCCAGGGGAGCAGCCGAGGCAGCGCAGGCUCCCUUUCGAUGCCAGGGAGGACGAGCGCGGCUACAGGCAUCCCCCAUCGGCCAGCGGCAGCCUGGAGGAGGAUGGAGGGGGCAGCCUGCCAGAGUGGUGUCUGGAGGACGCUGAAGAGGAGACGGGCACCUUCGACUCCUCUGGAGCCUUCCUUUCGCUCAAGGUUCGAAAAGCUCCCAAGGAGCCCAUCCUGGAGGAGGCAGAGCUGGACUUCAGACCCCUGGAGGAAUGUGACGAGGCUCUGGAGGAGGACGGACACCCCCGGGAGACCAAAGACACAGACGGAGAGGCCAGGAGAGAGCCCAUCAGAAAACAGGAUGUGGGGAGAACGAUAGAGGCGGCGCCCCCUGCUCCCUCUCCUACUGAGCCCCUGCCCCCCAGCCAGCCCGAUAGAGUAGAGGAACCUGAGGGGCCAUUGGAGAAGCCACUUGAGCGACCCCCUGCCCCGGAAGACAGGCCAGAGGGCAACAAAGUCCCCCUGCACACCCCUAUGUCCAACACAAUGCUGGACUCUCUCUCCAUCCCCCACACUGUUGCACACACUCUCACAGUGUCGGCCCCGUCGUCCACCAUCCAGAUGCAGCAGAAGCCCCUGGAUGUUCCCGUGCCCGCCCCGCUGCCCUUCAGUGCUAGCCUCAGGCCCCAGAGCACGUCUACCAUGGCUCCUAACAAUAUGGCCACCAGCAUGGGCCUCAUGGCGCCCAUCGGAAGGCCCACGGCCAUGCCACCACACCACACUAUGGAUGAAGAUGAGGGACUGAAGCACUUUGAACAGGAGGCAGAGAAGAUGGUGGCGUAUCUACAGGACGGUGAUGACCGGCUGGCUGCCAAGAGCUCAGCUACCAAACCAGCCGGCCUGCCACUCACACACGAGGCUGCUCUGAAGUGGUUUUAUAAAGACCCCCAGGGAGAGAUACAGGGUCCUUUCAGUAACCCGGAGAUGACAGAGUGGUUCCAGGCGGGCUACUUCACCAUGACCCUGCUGGUGAAGAGAGGCUGUGACGAGGUCUUCCAGCCCCUGGGUGAGAUCAUCAAGAUGUGGGGCAGGGUGCCCUUCGCCCCCGGUCCAGCACCGCCACCCCUACUGGGUGAUGCCGGGGACCAGGAGCGUCUGAAGCGGCAGCAGGAGCUGACGGCCCUCAACCUGUACCAGCUGCAGCAGCUGCAGUACCAGUACCUUUUGAGGCAGCAGUACGCCCAAGCCCUGGCCCAGCAGAAAGCCCAGGCCCUCAGCUCAGCACCACACCAGCAGCAGCAGCAACAGCAGCAGCAGAUCAACCUCCUCCUCCAGCAAUACCAGGCCCUCAAGAUGAGGUCAGCAGAAAACACAACAUCUGAGUCUCUCUUACCUCCUGUGACUCGGUCCAUGUCCGUACCAGAAUCCCAGGGUUCUGUGUGGGAAAUGCAGAACACCUCUCAGGCCUCCUGCACAUCAAACAUCCAGCAACCCACACCCAGUGCGUGGGAGGGCAGCAGUGUGUGGGAUCUGCCCAUAGACUCCAUGGCCCAGGCCCCCACCAUAGAACAGAUGCAAAACCUAGAGAAGAAUAAGGCUGCCAAGCUGGAGCUGGAGCGGGGUGAGGCAGAGCUGAGUGCCAAGAGGGAGGAGGAGGAACACAAACGCCAGGAGGAGGAGCAGCUAGCACGUCAGAAACAGGAGGAGGCAUUGAAGAGGCAGCGGAAGCAGCAGCAGGAGGAGGCACAGCGCCAACAGAAAGAGGAGGAAGAGGAACGGCAUGCGCAGGAGGAGGCCCUCCGCAGACUGGAGGAGAGGAGGAGGGAGGAGGAGGAGGAGAGGAAGCAAAGGGAAGAGUUCCUCCGCAAACAGGAGGAGGAGCGCCGAAAGCAGGAGGAGCUGGAGGCCCUGAGGAGGCAUGAGGAAGAGAAGCGGCAAGAGGAGGAGGAGGCAGCGGCUGCGGUAGCUUUGGUACGGCAACAGCAGGAGGAGGCGAAAAGGAGGGAGCAGGAGGCGGCGAGGCAGCAGGAGCUAGCCAGACAGAGGCAGCAGCAGCAGGAGGCGCUCCGCCGACUACAGCAGCAACAGCAGCUAGCCCAGAUGAAGCUGCCGUCUUCCUCUAAGUGGGGCCAGCAGUCAGCAGUCACGGCAGCAGCCAUCUCUCAGUCCCAGAACGCGCUGUCGCUCGCUGAGAUCCAGAAAGUGGAAGAGGAGAGAGAACGACAGGCACGAGAGGAGCAGCGGCGCCAGCAGGCGGAGCACCUGAAGCUCCUGCAGCAGCAGGCCCUGCAGGAGGCCCGGAAUCCCCAGGCCAAGCUCUCUGGCUGGGGAAGCGUGGCCAAGCAGCCGGCCACGACGAAGUCCCUGCUGGAGAUCCAGAGAGAGGAGGCCCAGCAGGUGAAGCAGAGGAAGGAGCAGGGGGCUGGGGGCCAGCAGCCCAGUCACCCCACAGUCACCCAGCAGAACCGUGCCCAGAACAGAGCUACCACCGCUCUGAGCCCCUCAGUGUGGGGCUCGGUGGCCACCAGCGGCGGGGCUCCUAACUGGGGCGGUGACAGCAGCAUCUGGGGCGACAGCACCAACUCCAACAUGGGCUUCUGGGAGGAGGAGGUGGCCCAGGCCCCACCCCCCGCCAGGAAGCCCAACGCUCAGAAGAACAACAAGGGCAACGCCAACCUCAGCAGUCGGGCCAAUAAGAAGGUGGAGGAGGAGGAGAAGCUGCUGAAGUUGUUCCAGGGGGUUAAUAAGAGACAGCAGGAUGGCUUCAUGCAGUGGUGUGAGAAGACCCUGCACACCCUCAACACUGCCAACAACCUGGAUGUCCCGACAUUUGCAUCCUUCCUGAAGGAGGUGGACAGUCCGUACGAGGUGCACGACUACGUGCGCGCCUACCUGGGGGACACGUCCGAGGCCAAGGAGUUUGCCAAACAGUUCCUGGAGCGCCGUGCCAAGCAGAAUGCCAACCAACAGAAAGCGCCCCCGGCCCCGCAGAACCAGCAACCAACACUAAAACAGCAACAGCAGGAUUCAAUGUGGGGUGUAAGCGGGACAGGCUCUCCUCUGUACCAGUCAAACCACACCAGCCUCCAGCAGCAGGCACGCUUUGAGACAGUCACCUCAGGGAAGAAGAAGAAAAAGCAGAAGAUGGUCCGGGCAGACCCCAGCCUGCUAGGUUUUUCUGUGAACGCGGCGUCUGAGAGGUUGAAUAUGGGUGAGAUCGAGACGGUGGAGGACUUUUAAAGGGACUGCUCUGCUGCCAACCCCACUGACCAUAUCGUUCUGAACAGCUGCCAUUGUACCCCCUACAACCACCACCUUCACACCCCAAUGUCCCUUUCCUUUUGUGAACAGCAUCCUCUUUCCGUUCUGUUUUGUACUUUAAUUUAACAUUUGUCAUUGGAAGCUGGGGACGCUUUCCAGUGCUAGAGGACCCCUCAAAAAACAUCCCUAAUGAGUAUUUUGCCCUAUGUGAGACAGGGAGAAGGCUAACGAAGCAGCCAAACAAUCAAACAGAACCAUAAAAACCAACCAAGCAUUGAAUCGAACAACAAAUCAAUCAAUGUAAAGGCCUAAUCUGACUUCUCCCAAAGAAAAGAGCUGAGGGCAGGACAUGGAUGUCUCUCCCUGUCUGUGGUCGGCUGUUCAGUCCCCUCCUAGUAUCUUGUCUGAAAGUAUGCAGAAGAGAGACGUUACCUGAUGCAAUCUUCUCCCCAUGAAGUUGAACGCAUUGGGGGGGGGGUAGAGAACUUUUUUCUGUUUUGUUAUUUUUAUUUAUUGAAUGUUUUUCUCCCCCUCUUUUCUCCUUCCUUCACUCCUGUUUGUGGAUGGUGGUGGUAUUGUAGGAGCCAAGGAUGUGUGUGCCCACUGAUGUCCUGUUUUAAGGAUAUGUUUGACCGUUCCAAGUAGUUAUCCAUUUCUUGUAAAAUACUAGGCUGUUUAAAGAAUAACCUUUCAAUUCUGCAUCUGUAUUAUAAUAUAUGAAAAUGAUGAACUACUGGAGUCAUACUUUUCUAUUGCGGUAUGAAAUAAAACAGUCUCUUGUGUGGGCUGUUCACACCUC